GAAGCCCGAAUUCCUCAAAGUGUCGCCCAGCAUCGACGCAUCACCGGGGUUCGCGGAUUGCCACAAGUGCGAGAAUCUAGAGCCAGUUGAACAAUAACCACCUUUUCUCUUCCGACUUCACUUUUUUUUUGUCAAGUAUUCACACCCAUCCAUUGUCACGAUCCAAUGGCGCUUAAAUACUCAACAGGACAGCUCUCGCGGAGCUUGUCCAAGGCGACAACAUCAGCGCGCAAUGCCUCCUCGCCACUCGUUAAGGCGCUGCCGAAGCAGUCGGCUACACAGCUUAGGUCAAUGGCAACCGUGGUACCACCUGUGACACAAAACUCUGUUGGAUCCAAGGGCCCAACGGCGAUGGUAUUCAUGAACAUGGGUGGUCCUUCAACAACGGACGAAGUGGGAGACUUCCUGAGCAGGCUUUUUGCAGAUGGCGACUUGAUUCCCCUCGGUCGUUUCCAGAACUACCUCGGUCCCCUGAUUUCGAAGCGACGAACCCCCAAGAUUCAGAAGCAAUACGCCGAUAUUGGUGGCGGCUCACCUAUCCGCAAGUGGUCCGAGUAUCAAAACGCCGAGAUGUGCAAGAUCCUUGAUGAGAUCUCCCCCGAGACCGCACCGCACAAGCCGUAUACGGCCUUCCGCUACGCCGAUCCCCUGACGGAGGAGAUGUACAACAAGUUGUUCGAGGAUGGCUUUGGAAAGGGAAGAGGCGGAAGAGCGGUCGCAUUCACACAAUACCCCCAGUACUCGUGCUCAACGACAGGAAGCAGCAUCAACGAGUUGUGGAAGUGGCGGCAACGGCUGGAAGGAAAGGCCGUCGGAGAGACCACGCCCGGCGACGGUACCAUCUCAUGGAGUGUGAUUGAUCGCUGGCCGGUACACCCAGGCCUGGUCGAGGCGUUUGCGCAGAACAUUGAGGCGAAGCUGUUGGAAUACCCCGAGGACAGACGCAAGGACGCGGUCCUGAUCUUUUCCGCCCACAGCUUGCCCAUGUCCGUGGUCAACAGAGGCGACCCGUACCCGGCCGAGGUUGCUGCGACCGUCUACGCUGUCAUGCAGCGCCUCAAGUUCUCCAACCCCUACCGCCUCUGCUGGCAGUCUCAGGUUGGCCCGUCCGCCUGGCUGGGUCCCCAGACCUCUGACUCGGUCGAGAACUACGUCCAUAAGGGCCAGAAGGACCUGGUGUUGAUUCCUAUUGCCUUCACAUCGGACCACAUCGAGACCCUGUUCGAAUUGGACCUCGAGGUCAUCGCUGACUCUGGAAGCCCGGAGACCGUCAAGAGAGUUGAGAGUUUGAACGGUAGCCCCGUCUUCAUCAAGGCUCUCGCCGACAUCGCCAAGGCGCAUCUUAACAGUAAUGUGGCUUGCUCGCCGCAGAUGGAGCUGCGGUGCCCUGGUUGCAAGAGCGAGCGGUGCUUGGAGUCAAAGAAGUUCUUUGCGGCACAACAGUCAAAGCUUCUCCCGGUGCAGGGGAAGACCCUUGCUCAGUAGAAAACGAGCCGCAUUUAAUUACGCUAUGUAAUUUUGUAUUAUAUCAGGAAUCGGGGAUCUGUUAGGGUCUAAAAUGGCAUUCGGGGAAUGGCGAAUUCAAAAGCACAUCAACUCCCAAGUCUACUGUACCAUUCAUGCCCAAAGUGAUUCGCCCGCAGCUUCAUAAACAAUUUGUGUUCAAAUUAGAGAUGUGUUGUGAGUGGAAAUUGACCAACUGCGAUGAAGCAAG